CGCCCUUCCAGUCACUAACAUGGCCGUCACCAGGGAGUGAUUCCAAGGAUUUUGAGACGAAUAUUAUUUGAUUCUGCUUAAACACUCUUGAUGAUUGACGAUGCCACUUGCGGGUCGUUAAUGUUGCAGCUCUAUAACAUCCCUUUGAAUGUAAGAGAAGCCACACCCACUCAUUGGUUCCAUUUCCCUGGGCACGACUACAGCCCCGACAUCCGUCCCUCAGACUGGCAGUGCCCGCAGGUGCAGCGUCUUGGAGCUGGGGGCCACCGUUGCCUUCCUCUGCCAGCCGGGCUGGGAUUGGGACAAGUGUGGACCGUAACUACCAGCUCUGGGCAUCUCGACAGAGUAUGGUGAGAGACAGCGGCUGCCAUGGAGCUACAGGAUAAGAAACAGGAGGAGGAGGCGACUCCACUGGGACUGUCCACGGCUCAGGCUCUGUGCACCCUUCGGGACCAGCUGUCUAACUUACUGGGACAACACCAGAAAUUCAGCCGCCGUAGAUCCACCGUACAGGAGCUGUGGGCUAAGAGCUUUCUUCAUCAUGAAAGCCGGCAUUCGUGCUUCCAUUGGCCAGGAGCUGUUCUCACUCUGGUUGUGGUGGUUGGGCUGUUGUGUUGUCAUGGCAGUCAGCCGGCGGGCAGUCAAGGCAUAGAGUUGGUGAACGCGGGUGCACUCUUCCUCCUGCUGCUGCUGAACCUCUUCCUCAUCGGGCGGCAGCAGAGGUUACGGAUGAGUGAGAUGGUGCGGAGGCUCAAGUCCAUCAUCUCACAGCUAAACGAUUAUUUGGAGAGAAGUGCAGGACAUCAAAUCAGAUGGGCUCCCUCUUUGUAUCCUGACCUCUACACCCCCACUUCCCCUUCCUGGUCAUUGCAUUGGACAUUCAGAGACGAGCAGCUGGUUAAUCUACCUGUCAGUCUCUUGGUGGAAGGUGAUAUCAUCGCUCUUAGACCAGGCCAGGAAGCCUUUGCAUCUCUCAGAGGCAUCAAGGACGACGAACACAUCGUGCUGGAGCCAGGAGACCUUUUCCCGCCAUUUUCUCCUCCUCCGUCCCCACGUGGGAAUGAGCGGAGGGGCCCCCACAGUCCCCAGCAGUACCGCCUCUUCAGGGUGGUGCGCACACCUAUACUCGACAGUGUCAGGAACAGUCUUGACCUGGCUCUCUCCCGUCCAAUCACAGCCCUUGAUAAUGAACGGUUCACAGUGCAGUCCAUCAUUGCCAAAUUUGCCUGUCCCGCUGUAUUGGUGGCCUUUUUCUCUAUUAACACGAUCCGGUUCUUCUGUGACACUCCUGGUCUCACCCCUGGACCUUUCAACUUCCUUCAGUUGCAGAUGAUGGGCGUAUUGCCCAUUUUACCUCUUCUGUUUCCUGUGAUGUGGAUUCUGGUGAAUGCGUAUGGAGAGGCCCGCGUGUUAGCAGAGUCCAGCCGUAACUCUCCCACUGGCCUGCUCGCUAAGUUCUCAGAGGACACUCUAAGCAGCUACACGGAAGUGGUGUCCUCCCAGGAGAUGCUACGCUGUGUGUGGAGACACCUGGUCAGUGUGUUGAAGGGAGAGUCCCAGACCCUCUGUUAUACCUCCAGUCUGCUGCACUCGUUGGGUUCAGUCACUGUGCUGUGCUGUGUGGAUAAACAGGGCAUUCUGUCCUGGCCCAACCCCAGUCCCGAGACCGUGCUGUUUUUCAGUGGACGAGUAGAACCUCCUCAUGACAGCCAAGAUGACCUCAGAGACGACCUUUCAGUCAACUCCCUCUGCAGGACAGAGGGCGAGGAGGAACGAGACGAGCCCCAGGAAGGUGAAGCACUGCUGUGUUUACCAGCAUUUGAACCCUCCCUUCACAUGGCUGAGCAGGAACCCAGCGAGACGUCACACGACACCGCUCGCUCCUCAGACACCCAGCGCCAGCGUCGAGGACCCCAAACCACCCGCUCCAAACACCCGUCGGGGUCCAACGUCAGUUUCAGCCAUGACACUGAGGGUGGUGAUGAUGACAUAAUUCAGCCAUGCGGUGUGGGUGAUGAUCUGUGUGAAGCAGAAGACUUUGUGUGCGACUAUCAUCUGGAGAUGUUGAGCCUGUCCCAGGAUCAGCAGAACCCCGUCAGCAUCCUUUUUGAUGAUUCCAGUUGGCAGAAUCACUUGCCCUCUUUGAAGCCCCUGGGCUUGAAUAUCCUACUGAACCUGUGCAAUGCCACCGUCACCCAACAGCUCUGCAGAUUUUCAGACCACUUGUCAAACCUGGCUCUGCAGGAAUGCCAUGGGGCGGUUCUACCUGUUCAUGUUCCUUGGGGCCUCUGUGAACUAUCUCGUCUUAUAGGUUUUACUCCAGGAGCGAGGGAACUGUUUAAGCAUGAGAAUCAUCUGGCUCUAUAUCAGCUUCCUUCCGGAGAGAAGGCCAAAGAAUCUGCUCCCCGGCGCCUCCAUCACUUCACUAAACGCCAGCCCCCCAUCAGUCACCUCAUCAGUCUGUUCGUCAGGGACAGCACUACCAAUAAUGUACAGAUGCUGUCCCACGGCUCAGCUGACCUCAUCCUGGAAGCUUGCACAGAUUUCUGGGAUGGGGCUGACAUCUAUCCGCUGUCUGGCUCGGAUAGGAAAAAGGUUUUAGAUUUCUACCAACGUGCCUGUCUGUCAGGAUAUUGUUCUGCAUUCGCCUAUAAGCCUAUGCAGGUGACAUUGUCUGGACAGCUCAAUGGAAAAUGUGUGGAACUGGCUCCAGGCCCCACUCUCUUUUCUGGGGUGGAGCUUCCCGGCACAACCCCCAUCAAACACGGCAGCCGCAGGAACAGCUGGAGCUCGGAUGAGGGUAUUGGAGAAGGUUUGGAGAAGGAGGACUGUGUGCAGGCUCUGAGUGGCCAGAUCUUCAUGGGAAUGGUGUCAUCCCAGUUCCAGGCGAGACUGGACACUGUACGGCUCAUUGAGAACCUGGUGGGAGCCUGUAUCCGCUUUGUGUACUUCUCCAUGGAGGACGAACUGCGCAGCAAAGUGUUUGCAGAGAAGAUGGGUUUGGAGACAGGCUGGAACUGUCACAUCUCUCUGACCCCAAACGGAGAUGGUCACUGCGAUGGUGCUCCAUCCAGUCCAAGCCAAGCAGGAUCUCUACAUGAUGACCUUCUUCAUGAUUCUCGUGAUGAUGCAGAGGGCCCACUACUGCCUGAGGACCAAUCAGAUCUUGCCAGCUUCCAGCCUACUGAUAGUGACGUGCCCAGCUUCUUAGAAGACUGCAACAGAGCCAAACUGCCUCGUGGCAUUCAUCAGGUUCGGCCACAUUUGAAGAACAUAGACAACGUGCCUCUACUAGUGCCCCUAUUCACAGACUGCACCCCUGAAACAAUGUGUGAAAUGAUGAAGAUCAUGCAGGAGAACAGAGAGGUGACAUGCUGUUUGGGGAGCUCCGCAAACUUCCGUAACAGCUGCCUUUUUCUGCAGAGUGACAUCAGUAUCUCCCUGGAUCCUCUGUACCCGUCCCGGUGCUCAUGGGAGACCUUUGGGUAUGCUGCUGGCUGCGGGCUGAAUGAAGACUGUGAUGAGCUGUCUCCUCUGGGGCUCAGUGCUAGUCUCAACAGCCUCGCCUGCUCCAUGUCCUUCCAUCAGGGCGAGAGUGUCAGCAUGGUCAAACUCAUAGAGCAGGCAAGACACACCACUUACGGCAUUCGCAAGUGCUUCCUCUUCCUACUGCAGUGUCAGCUGACACUGGUCAUCAUUCAGUUCCUGGCCUGCCUUAUUCAGCUGCCUCCUCCCAUGAAUAUCACAGACAUACUGUGGCUUUCCUGCUUCUGUUACCCACUGCUAAGUGUGUCCUUCUUGGGAAAGCCUCCUGACAGUUCAGUGAUGACAGUCGCUACUGGAAAGAAUCUGGACUCCAUACCACGCAAGACUCAGCACUACUUCCUGGGCUGGUUCCUGUUGAAGUUCGGUCUGACGAUGUUGGCCUACUUAGUCGGCUUUGGGUUUUCUCUACAGGAAGUGUGUUCUAGAGCAGCUAACCUCACAAAAAUUGAUAACAGCACCAUCACCUGCUCUCACAUACUGGUAUCCAGCUCCGAGGAUGGCCCACAGUGGUUUGGGGAAUUAUCCAAUGGGCUGCUUUUGAUUCAGAAGAUCAUGGCAGGUUUUCUGGCUUUGCACACAGUGGUCAUCUCUCUGAGCUAUGUCCACCGUUCACAACCACUGUGGAGGAGGAACCCAUUCAGUAACACAUGGUGGUGUCUCACAGUGCCUGUGGUGUUGUUGGGACAGGUGGUUCAGGCUGUCGUAGAUUAUCAGUUGUGGCAGGACAGGAGUACAGAGGUGGUCUUCACGUUACAUGAUAUUCCCCUCUUGGUCUGGCUGUUGGUCUCUCUGUCCAUCGUACUUGUGGUGCUAAUCAAUGAAGCAGUAAAACUGCAUGAAAUCAGGGUACGAGUGCGUUACCAGAAGAGGCAGAAGCUUCAGUUUGAGACUAAGCUGGGGAUGAACUCUCCCUUUUGACCUGUGUCUGUACCGGACACUUAAGUGUCGUGGUUAUUUCAGGGGUGGAGAAGAUGAAGACUCCUUUGGAUUUCCCCCCAACAGAGUGCUUCCUGCGACACCUCCAAUAGGCAGAACUCUUUUUUUUUUUUUUUUUUUUUUUUUUUUUUUUUUCCCAUGAAGGCCACUGAGGGCUGUGUUUUUAAUCAGCGAGAUCCUAAACUAUCUUUUGAUUUUAGGCUUUGCUCAAAGUAAAGAUUUCAUCUGUAUUAUUUGAGGGAUGUUCACAUGCAUGCUGCUUUGGUUUGGACAGGGUCAUUUAAUGGAGGAAUUGUUUUUUCAAUGAGGCUAUUCCUUUAUCACCCUCAAAACCUGAAACUGUAAUGCACGAUAUAGAGAAUAUAUACCAAAAUGUACAAUGGAGGGCUAAAUUAGCAUGACUUUUCUUCUUACUUUUUAGCUUUUUUAUUAGAUGUUGUGAAAUGGGGAUUUUAUUGAUUUCCUUUGUUUCAAACACGACACAGUUGAGCACUCAUGAGAUGAGCUUUAGCUGUAGGGUCUCUUCGUUUGUAUUUUAGCCGUAUGGUUCUUUGUCACACUGCUGAGAGGUUUCUUGCAGUUCGUUUAGUACGUCAUAAGAGCUUGUUGAAGCCUGUUUUAACAGGUUAUAAUGUGAAUGUCAUCACCACAACUUACCUCAUAUUCGGAGAGGAAAUAUUUCAUUCUGUUUUUUUUUUUUUUUGUGAUCAAGUGAAUUCA